GGAUAUCAUGUCCAUUUAUAAGGAGCCUCCUCCAGGAAUGUUUGUUGUACCUGACACUGUUGACAUGACUAAGAUUCAUGCAUUGAUCACAGGCCCAUUUGACACUCCUUAUGAAGGGGGUUUCUUCCUGUUCGUCUUUCGGUGUCCACCCGACUAUCCCAUCCACCCACCUCGGGUCAAACUGAUGACAACGGGCAAUAACACAGUGAGGUUUAACCCCAACUUCUACCGCAAUGGGAAAGUCUGCUUGAGUAUUCUAGGUACAUGGACUGGCCCUGCCUGGAGCCCAGCCCAGAGCAUCUCUUCUGUGCUUAUCUCCAUCCAGUCCCUGAUGACUGAGAAUCCCUACCACAACGAGCCAGGCUUUGAACAGGAAAGACAUCCAGGAGACAGCAAAAACUAUAAUGAAUGUAUCCGGCACGAGACCAUCAGAGUUGCAGUGUGUGACAUGAUGGAGGGAAAGUGCCCCUGCCCUGAACCCCUGCGGGGAGUGAUGGAGAAGUCCUUCCUGGAAUAUUAUGACUUUUAUGAGGUGGCCUGCAAAGAUCGCCUACAUCUUCAAGGCCAGACUAUGCAGGACCCUUUUGGAGAGAAGCGGGGCCACUUUGACUACCAGUCCCUCUUGAUGCGUCUGGGACUGAUUCGGCAGAAAGUGCUGGAGAGGCUCCAUAAUGAGAAUGCUGAAAUGGACUCUGAUAGCAGCUCAUCUGGGACAGAAACAGACCUGCAUGGGAGCCUGAGGGUCUAG